AUGGACGGGAGCAAGCCAGCAGCAGCAGGCCUGGGGGGUGUGGUUGCAGGAACAUUGCCAUCAGCAGGCGGGCCGCCCCAACCCCAUCCCUUGCGGCAGAUCAAAUCCGACCCGGAUGCCACGAUCCUGUCAGAGCAAACCCCUCCUCUGCAGCAGCAGCAGCAGCAGCAGCAGCAGCUGCCGCAAUACAAACCAGGGUCACCACCCCCACUCGUAGCAGGAGCAGCAGGAACAGCAGGAGCAGCAGGCGCAGCAGGGGCAGCAGGCACAGCAGGCGCAGGAGCAAAGGCAGAAGGGGUAGCAGAGGAACCAUCCUCUCUAUCGGCCAGCACCGCACCGUACCAAGCAGCAUCGGCCGUCAUCGCCCCAUCCUCCGGUCUCUACGAGCCUGACACCAGCAAGACGUCGGCAGCAGCGGGGCAAGCAGGGGAGGGCGAGACUGGGGAAGGUGGUGCGGAGGGGGCGAUUGAGGUGAAAGCGGAGGCUGGGGAGGGGGGUGAAACGGCGGUGGAGGAGAGGGAGGAGGAAGAGCCUAUGGCGAGACUUUGUCGAGUGAUGGACGCCGCAUUGGCCAACGACCGUCGGGAUCUGCUCGUAGCCGCCGCCCACAUGCAAGCCAUGGACGCCUCAUUGGCCAACGACCGGCGGGAUCUGCUCCUAGCAGCCGCCCACAUGCAAGCCGUGCUCGCAUGCUCCGACCGCCUUGCCACGUCAGCACCCCUCGCCGGCUCGCGAGGCGCGCUUGGCGAGGACCUAUCAGCAACCGCCAGCUCACGCCUGCUCGCUGACUGGAUGGCCCUCAACUCCCUCACCUUCCCGGCAACUUCCUCCUCUUGGGCCCACGAGCCUAGGGAUCUCCCUGUGAUAUCAGCUGGUGCUGACGCUGCCCUUGCUGCUGCUGCUCCUGCUGCUGCUGCUGCCGGUGCUGCCAGUGCUGGUGGUGCUGAUGCUGCUGCUGGCAGUGUGGGGUGGAGCAGCAGGAGGGUGGUAUCGGUGACAGCGAGUGUGGUAGACCAUGAGGGCACCCUCACCAGCAGCGCUGUGCAUGCUGGGGCAGGGGGGGACGCAAGACAGGCUUUAAGCGCUGGUGGUGGCUACGGGGAGGGCGAGGAGCUGAGUGGUGGCGAUAUGGGGGAUGGGGAGGUGAAGGAAGAGAGGAACUGGGGGUCGUAUGAGGAAGACGAGGAGGAGGACGAGGAGGAAGAGGAUGAGGAGGAGGAAGAGUGGGAGGAGGAGUGGGAGGAGGAGGAGGGGGGUGGAAGGGUGGGGGAUGGGCCAUGGCUGGUGUCGCGAUCGCAGGCUGCAGCGGCGCUGUUCCCUCCGAGGAAGCGAGUGAGGCGAGAGCUACCACAGCCUGCAGCGGCACUGUUCCCUCCGAGGAAGCGAGUGAGGAGAGAGCUCAACGCCGCGCUCACAUGGGAGGCGCAGCGGCUGAACGAGGAGAUGAUAGACUCGAGUGUGGAGGUCAGCGCGAGGGAGACGAGGAGAGCGCACGCCCUGGGCAAGGAUGGCACUGCAAUGCUGCUGCGGUUUGACAUCCCCUCGGAGUUUGAGCCUGCUCACAAGUUGCACAAUACUGGACACGUGCUUUGCCUGUAUGAAAGCUCCCCUGGUCAACACCUUGCCCCGGCCGGUGGCCAUUCCCUUCCCUCCCCUCCGCCUGCUCGUCCCCGGCUCCUACCCGCACUGCUCGCCCCAACCAUGGCCCUUCCAAGCCCACCCACACACCAGGUGAUGUUACAACCAUGCGAGCAGCUGUUGUCUGCUCUGCUCCUGCCUGCUGCUCUGCUCCUGCCUGCUGCUCUGCUCCUGCCUGCUGCUCUGCCACCUGCCUGCUGCUCUGCCACCUGCCUCCUUCUCUGCUCCUGCCUGCUGCUCUGCCACCUGCCUGCUUCUCUGCUCCUGCCUGCUGCUCUGCUCCUGCCUGCUGCUCUGCCACCUGCCUGCUUCUCUGCUCCUGCCUGCUGCUCUGCUCGUGCCACAUGUGUCCCUCCACCCUCCAACACAUUCCCAGUGCCCAAGGCGCAAAACGAGCCUCCAGUAGACAUGAAGAAGAUUGCACUGGAUCCGGAAGCGCUUUCCCAGUAUUGGGGAAUCAAGCCCAAGCAGUACCUGCGUGAGGAUGGCACGCCCUGGCCCUGGAAUUCCUUCCGGCCCACGGACAGCUACACCGCUAACCGAAAGACAGAACUUGACAGGCACUUUCCGGUUACCGGAUUCGGUGACGCUUUCGCCAAGUACCUCGUGAAGUCGCUCCGCUUCCCCACAGACCUGUUCUUCCAGAAACGGUACGGUUGCCGCGCGAUGAUGCUGGAGACCGUGGCGGCGGUGCCGGGGAUGGUGGCGGGCGUGCUGCUGCACAUGCGCUGCCUGCGCCUCGUGGAGAACAGCGGCGGGUGGAUCCGCGCGCUGCUGGAGGAGGCGGAGAACGAGCGCAUGCACCUCAUGACCUUCAUGCAGGUUUCGAAGCCCACGUGGUUUGAGCGCGGCUUGAUAUUCACCGUUCAGAGUGGGUUCGCUGCAGUGUACGGGCUCGUGUAUCUCCUCUCCCCGCGCAUCGCGCACCGCAUCGUGGGGUACCUGGAAGAGGAGGCAGUGCACUCGUACACGCAGUACCUCAAGGAGAUCGAUGAGGGGCGCAUCGCCAAUGUGCCGGCGCCGCAGAUUGCCAUCGACUACUGGCAGCUGCCUAAAGAUGCGACGCUGCAUGACGUGGUGCUGUCGGUGCGGGCGGAUGAGGCACACCACCGAGACGUGAACCAUUAUGCUGCGACCAUCAUCAAGGCAGGCAAGCAUCUCAAGGAGCACCCAGCCCCGGUGGACUACCACUGA